UGCCAGCUUAUUUAGAGCUUUUGGUGUGUUGUGCUUGGCUCAGGAACAGCAUGUCUGGUCGUGGCAAACAAGGCGGCAAGGCGAGAGCCAAGGCCAAGUCUCGUUCUUCCCGGGCAGGGCUUCAGUUCCCGGUCGGUCGCGUCCACCGCCUGCUACGUAAGGGGAACUACGCCGAGCGGGUGGGCGCCGGCGCUCCCGUCUACCUGGCGGCGGUGCUGGAAUAUCUCACGGCGGAAAUCCUGGAGUUGGCCGGCAACGCUGCUCGGGAUAACAAGAAGACCCGCAUUAUCCCCCGCCACCUGCAGCUGGCCAUUCGCAACGACGAAGAGCUCAACAAACUCCUGGGCAAAGUGACGAUCGCUCAAGGGGGCGUGUUACCCAAUAUCCAAGCGGUCCUCUUGCCCAAGAAGACGGAAAGCCACAAAGCGAAAGGAAAAUAGAAGUUGCUGCGAAGAACACUGAAUUUCAAACCCAAAGGCUCUUUUCAGAGCCACCUACAAUUUCAAGUAAGGAGCUGAGUCUCACGGUAUCGAACGAGGUGUUCCUUUUCGGAUCCAAAGUAUGUCCCCGGAGCUGGCACUUCCUUAGCCCUGGGCUUGCAUAUGGUCGCGGAUCGUGCCUUUUAGCAAGCAGAUUUAGAAAAGCCCACCUGUUAACACAGGCUUCAGCUGUUACAUUCCAAACACUCAAGCGCUUUUAUUAUAAAAGCGUGAGGAUAGUGGGGGUAAUCUCAACAAAUCGCCGGCGGGAUUAUUCAAACUUGGCCGCUUUCCUUCGGGGAGAACUUAAUCUAAAAUUCUGAUCCAUAGCUUGCUUAAAAGGGCAUUUAACCGUAGAAUCCCUUCAGUAUUAAUUUUUACCAACAAGUUGUUGGUGAUCAGAAAGGUGUGUAUAAAAUCUUUCAAACCUAAAAGAGUGAUCUCAAUGGCUUCAUAAUAGUAAUUUUACACUUGGAAAAAGCAAAGCUGGAGUGCCCCAAUUCUAGGAGAGCCCCGAUCGACCUGUGUGGAACUUUCACGGGCACGUCCAUGCAGAUUUGGGGAACAACGUGGAAAUACUUGCUUUCUUUCCAGUCUCUACUUUUGGCCUUUUCUAAUAGCCGAUCUUGGUUGAUUUUAGAGAUCAGGCAAAGUAUAAUAUGCCAGUGGAUCAUAAUGAUAAACUAUAUAACAAGAUCGUGACUAAUCAACUAGCAAACUAAUUAUUCUAUGUAACAAGUGCUUAAAAUGAAAAAAAUAUAAUGG